AUGUCGCUACCUGACAGGAAGGAAGUCCUGCCAGGACCGGACCCCAUCCAUCCGGUCGACGAUGAGCAGUCCCUCCAUUACGAGGUGAACUGGACCAAGGAGGAGGAGAGUGCUGAUAUCAUCGCUCGCAGGCUGGAUCUUAUCAUCAUGCCGAUCCUCACCCUUGGGUUCUUCUGCUUGCAACUUGACAGAGGAAACAUUGCAAAUGCGAUCACGGACAAGUUCAUGGAGGAUGUCGGCAUUGACCAGGACCAAUUUAACGUCGGCCAGCAGAUGCUGUCGUUGGGAAUCGUGCUCUUCGAGAUCCCGUCCAACAUGAUCCUGUACCGAGUCGGGCCUGGCAAGUGGCUGACCCUCCAACUGUUCCUCUUCGGCUUCGUGAGCCUCUUCCAGGCCUUCCAGCACGGUUACGGUGCCUUCAUGGCCACCCGCUUCCUCCUCGGCGUCACAGAAUCCGGGUUCAUCCCGGGUGGCCUCUGGACGCUGUCGACAUGGUACACGAGGAAGGAGACCGCGAAGAGAGUCAUGUUCUUCUACUUCGGAAACCAGUUCGGGCAGGCCUCGUCAAAGCUCCUGGCCUACGGCAUCCUGCACAUGCGCGGCGUCGGGGGCAAGCCCGGCUGGUUCUGGCUCUUCGCCAUAAUGGGCUCCUUCACCGUGUUCUGUGGUUUCAUUUAUGGAUUCCUUCUCCCGGACUCGUUCAGGAACCCCCACAGCACUUUCCUCCCGCUCGUGCGGAUAUUCAAUGAGCGGGAGGUCCACAUCCUGCGCACGCGUGUCCUGCUUGAUGAUCCGGCGAAGGGUAGGAAGAAGAAGCGCAUCGGGCUGCCUGCGUUCAAGAAGGCCUUCUCGAACUGGCGCCUUUGGGUUCACUUCCUCAUCACGCUUUGCAACAACGGCCCGCAGCGUGCCUUCGAUACCUACUCGCCGUCUAUCGUCAGCAGCUUCGGGUUCCCUGCUCUCACCAGCAAUGCCCUCGCAUCAGUUGGUCUCUUCCUUCAGAUUCCAGUGUCCUUCAGCUUUAGUGUCGUGUCGGAUCGUUUCAACAAGCGUGGUGAGACGGUGAUGGCCGGCUUGAGUCUGCAUCUUCUUGGAUACGUCUUCAACAGGAUCUUCACGGAGCUGCGUGGCCUUCGAGGUGUCCGAUACUUUGGUGUCGUGUGGACGCAGACAUUCGGAACCUUCCCGCAUCCGCUGAACAUUGCCUGGAUGUCUCUGACCUGCACGGACUCGGAGGAGCGAGCUCUCGCCAUGGCGAUGGUCAUCAUGGGCGCCAACAUUGCAGGCAUCUACGGUGCCCAGAUAUUUCGUGCCGACGACAAGCCGCUCUACCGCCGCGGUUUCGGCAUCGACAUCGCUGUCCUCACCGUCGGCGUCGCCCUGGCGGUGGUCCGAUACUCAGAUGGCUGGAUCCAGAAGCGCCGGGCAGCAAGGCAGCCGCAGCUCGCAGCGGUCGACUCGGGUAGCGAGCACAACUCACAGGAUGACGAGAAGAGGGGAAUACCGCGAGUGCAGCCGGGCAGUGGGCGGUCGCAGCCCACGCCGGUUGGGUACGACACGGAGACUGGGCCGAAUGCCACGGCGUACUAG